UCAGAAGGCAUCAUCGUCAUCGCUUCCCAAUCACGCGCUUCCUGUGUCUCGCAUCCAUCAAGCCCCCAAUCAGCGGCGGUGAUCGCCGCCACUCCCUCACCAUCGCCCGCUAACCGAUUAGGGUUUCCGUCCACCGUCGUUUCCCGCCGGCCGCCGUCUCUCCCUCCGCCUUCACCCCUCGAUGUCGUCGGACGCGAACCCCGACAACCUCGUGAUGUACGGACACGACGCCGACCCCGGCCCCGGCCCCGGCCCCGGCCCCGGCCCCGGCCAAGGAGCCAUGGAGGACGCCGCGGGUGCGGAGAAGAUGGAAGCGGCUCUUGCCGUUUCGUCCGAUCAGGAUCACCUCACGGAUGCGAUGGAUGCUGCCGCGCCGCUCAUGAGCGUGGCCUCAAACCAGCUCACGCUCUUGUUUCAGGGAGAGAUUUACGUCUUCGACUCAGUCUCGCCCGAGAAGGUACAAGCCGUCCUGUUAUUACUUGGGGGAAGUGAAGUACCUACUGGCACGGUUGGUGUGCAAUUACCCACUCAGCAGGAUGAUAAGCAGGCUUAUGACUAUAUACUUCGUCGGACAGAUAUUCCUGCAAAAAGGAUUGCUUCAUUGAUAAGGUUCCGUGAGAAGCGGAAAGAAAGGAAUUUUGAUAAGAAGAUCCGGUAUACUGUACGCAAAGAGGUUGCUCUCAGGAUGCAGCGAAGAAAAGGUCAGUUUGCAGGCAAAGCUAAUCCAACGGAUGGAGCAUCAGCUUCAUCAUUUGUUGACCCAGAUCAAAACUCAAUUCAUGAAGAUCCUCCUAGAGAAUCAAAAUGCCAAAACUGUGGGAUUAGUGAAAAGAUGACUCCAGCCAUGCGUCGUGGGCCGGCUGGACCAAGGUCGCUUUGCAAUGCUUGUGGAUUAAUGUGGGCAAACAAGGGGACUCUGAGAAGUCCACGAGCCAAAAUAGGUACUGCAAGCACUGCCAUUCCUACUGAGCUUGGUCAAACAAUUGACUCAGAAUUGGUUAUUAUCGACAAUCAACAUGCUGAUGCAUCUAAUACUCAUAGUUCUGCGAUCUCCAAUACUGAGAUAAUAGGAGAUGGUGUAGAGUUAGAUGCACAGCAGGCAGACAUGGUAGACGAGCUAAAGGCUGAAUUAUGAUGAUAUAAAUGUUAUGUCCAAAUAACAAAGUUGAUCUCUGCACCUCUAGCUUUUAGAUUUGUUAUGAGCUUAUAAAUCAGUGACAUAGGAAGCUGGUCAUAUACGCAGAUGAACUAGUAUGGAUGAACAUCCUGCUUCUUUCAGACCUCUUCUAAAGAUUCGAGAGUUAACAUCAUUCGCAUCAGGAGUUCUAUUCAUUCCAGCCGAGCCUUUAAUCUUUAUAGUUGUAGUUCGACUAAAACUUAAUUGAAAAUUCUCUUGUAUCCUCUUUCUGAGUAAUAUAAUCAUCAUGUUUAAUGUUGUUAAUCGAAUAAUUGUCAGAUUUUAAUGACUCUUGGUUUCUAGGUUGUAGCAAUCUCAGAAUUGAAAAUGUUUCAUUCA